GUUGCCUUGUUUGGACACUAGAGUACAGUUAUCUGUGGGAAGGAUAUGAUAUUCCUGCUUUCCAAUUUCACCAAUGAAAAGACCCUGCUGUAGUGUGGAAAAGAAUCGCACCUCGUGCCGUUCGAUGAGAAAAAGGUGGAAGCUAAACGGCACGCAGUUCCAUUGUAAAUAGCAUAUCCGACAUGAUUGGGCCACUAAUUAGAUAUCACGAGAAAAUAGCAGCGAGCGUUUUCCAUCUCCGCCGCCUUCAUCUGAAAGCAAAACAGUUUGAUUCUUCAUCUGAAAGCUCCGAAUCCGAUCUUUAGCUUCACACGACAAAAACUUGAUACUACGUUGUUCUCGCUUCCUUCUUCUAUAUUGGUCCGAUCAUCUUCUGGUGAGCUUGCUCUGGUGCUAUCGAUGGCGUACGUGGAUCAUGCGUUCUCGAUUUCGGACGAAGAUAUCAUGAUCGGGACUUCCUACACCGUGAAUAAUCGACCUCCGGUGAAGGAGAUCUCUCUAGCCGUAGCUCUUCUCGUGUUUGGAACCCUAGGUAUUGUCUCUGGCUUCUUCAUGGCGUACAACCGAGUAGGCGGUGAUCGCGGCCACGGUAUUUUCUUUGUGAUUCUCGGCUGUAUCCUGUUUAUCCCCGGGUUUUACUAUACACGGAUUGCGUAUUACGCUUACAAAGGAUACAAAGGCUUCUCCUUUUCAAACAUACCGCCCGUUUAGCCUCUUUGAAGAUCGCCCCAAAUCUCGCAUCUGCCCAAUGUAUAUAGUUCACUCUCACUAGAGUUCGUCGCUGAAACGCUGUGUUUUCUGUGAGCUUUUAGCUUAGCUGAGUCGAGUCCACGUCUGAUAUGUAUCCCUUCUUUCUUGUGAUUCUUGUUCUGUGUUAAAUAAUUUUGUGAUCAAUAGUCAUGCCAGAUCUAUAUA